GCCUUCUCGUCAUAAAGCUUCAAAUACGUGUAGACACCCGUUAGUUGGCUAACGGCAUCGACCGAAACCGAAGAGAGUGGAGCCUUGUCGUCCGGGUUACUUCACCUGGCACACGCACUUAUUCAGCCUCAACCGGGGAAACAAAUAAUCUAUAUAAGACGUUGAAACUACGCGGAAAGUGAGGGUUAUCGAAAGGACUGUGUUACGUCUGUCGUUCGGCGAAAAUAAGCUGGAUAAGAUCGCCAGCUAGCUAGCUUUGUUACCAACUCCGCGCAUACGUAGUUUUAGCUCGCUAGCCAGCUAACUACGCUAGCUCGAGAAGAAAGGCCGUCGUGUUGACCCAGCGUCAAUUAUUAAACAGAUAGCGAAUCAUCCUGGCAUAUUACGGUUGCCCCUCACUUGUUGGAUCGGAAAACCUUCAAAUUAAAGAGUACAACAUCGAGAGAGGAUGGCUCUGAAAAGGAUCAACAAGGAGCUUAACGACCUGGCUCGUGACCCUCCAGCACAGUGCUCAGCCGGCCCAGUGGGUGAUGACAUGUUUCACUGGCAAGCCACAAUCAUGGGACCUAACGACAGUCCAUAUCAGGGAGGUGUUUUCUUCUUGACAAUUCAUUUUCCAACAGACUACCCAUUCAAACCACCCAAGGUUGCAUUUACAACAAGAAUUUACCACCCAAAUAUUAACAGUAAUGGCAGUAUCUGUCUGGAUAUUCUCAGAUCACAGUGGUCUCCUGCACUUACUAUUUCUAAAGUUCUUCUCUCCAUUUGCUCACUCCUAUGUGACCCAAACCCAGAUGACCCACUAGUGCCAGAGAUCGCACGAAUCUACAAAACAGAUAGUCAGAAAUACACCAAAACGGCGAAAGAAUGGACAAACAAAUAUGCAAUGUGAUGGCAUCGUUUGGAAAGCUGGAAAAUGUCGUUGCUGAUUCAAACAAAAAAAAAUCUGGGAUUCUGUUUUUCUUUUUCACUUCAUUUUUUGUUUUUGUUUUUUGUUAAUCAGAGCAUUUUACCCCCUCCUUUUUCCAGCUGUGUGCUCAUAAGAAGAUAGUGUUUUCUCUCUAGGACACGUGCCAGUUUCUGUGAAGUUUCUACUCCCAUUUUGUAUGGAGUUCAAAAAAAAAUAAAAAUAAAAAAGUUGGUUCUGAACACUCGGCUUGAGCAUGCACCAGUAGGAGUUUUUCAACCCAAAAUUGGUGAUGUUAGUCAUUUACUCUGCACACACUUAGUAGAAUCUGAUGCGACUGGUCUCCUGACACUGAACACUGUAUCAACCCCAUGACGAUCCAGUUGAUUAACCGGCUGGAUUCUGUGCGGCCGAUAUUAACUGGAUUUCUCAGAGCACUUGUAGAGGAGCCUGUCUUUGCCAUACACUUAAAUUCUUAAAGUUUCAAAUUGGCAAACAUUGUGAUGCAUUUUAUUUGAAAGUGGUAAAAUCUGAAGGGGGUGGGUGCCAAUUCUCUGAAAGAUUUGGAAAACUGGUUAGUGGCUCCUGUAUCUUCCUCCUGGACUGGUGUGACGUCAGUAUGUUCCUCUGAUCAUUAGUAUAGGAAUCUAUUACCUGAGGAAAGACUUGUAUCUUAUUCCACUAUCAAAGUGUGUGUACAGAGAAGCACAGCAGUAUAUAUCAAUGUUAAGGAAACAAAGUAUAAGAACUUCAAUGUUGUAUUUUAUGCAUGUUAAUAAAGGUAGGCUAUUAUAUCUGAUAUGUUUCUGCAAAUUAAGUGGAUUGUAAAGCUGGAAGUUGGAAAAAUUUGGUUCCCCUCAAAGGCUUACUAUUUCUUUUUCUUUUUUUUUUUUUUUUUGUUAUUUAGAAGCCAGUAGAUGAGCUAUUAGUUCUAUGCCCACUCAAACACUGUCUUCUUGUAGCCCUAAAAUAUUGAUGCAAAGCUAAUGGUUGAUAAUCAACUUGUGGCUCUGUUUCUUUUUACUUUUCCCUUCAAUAAAGUUACUUAAACCAUAAAA